CAGGCCAAGUCCAAGGUGAUGUCAUCAAGUAUCUUUACACUGGAACAGUUGUAAGUGUUUUACGAUGUUUCGGAAUAAGAUAAUUGACAGUUUAAGUGCGCCUAGUGCACUCUUCAAUCAAACUCUCCACUUCCGACAAAAGAUAGAAAUAUCUCAUUUGGCACGCGAAUUUUACGUCAUCGUUUGCUUACACUUUCAGACCCAAUUUUUUUCAGUAUUGAUAGAUCAGUGCAUUCCUGCAGAUUUCUAGACAGGACGUAAUAGCGCUCUGUGUGAUAGAACUUAUAAAACGCUGUCUAUAAUCCUAGAACACUCAUUAGAUUUGUUCAUUUUGUGUUUACCUUUUAUAUUUUGUUUCUCAUGACCCUCAACUGAAAAUUUGUGUUAUUACGGACAAAGCAGUUAGUUUUUGACGGUCUGACGGUCUUCUCCCAGGUUUCGAUUUGACCAUAAAAGUGAAGAAUGAAAACAGCAAAUUUAUUAGCAAUAGUUUUUACAAGUUUCAGCACAACUGUUUUUUCUCAUAGAGUAUUGAUACUGCAACCGACUCCAUCAUAUAGUCAUCAACUCCCUGCGAUUGGUUUGACAGAGGCUCUGGUGAAUAAAGGUCACGACGUUUUUUUCUUGAGCCCAGAUUCAGUGCCGGGACUGCAGAAGAAUUACACUCACUUCGAUUUUUCAUGGCUGUACCAGUAUUUUCACGAGAGCCUUACAGAAAAAGGCGUUCAUUUACAGCAACAAUUUUCAAACCAACUUACGUGGAUACCAUUUUUGGAAGUGUGGGCAGGGAUGGUGCGGCACAUGUUUGAAAGUGACACUUUCAAGCAGUUUCUUAAACGCGUCCAAGAUGAGAAGAUAUCAUUCGACGUUGUGAUCGUUGAAUCUUUCGUCAUUCCGUACGGGGUAGGCCUGGUCCGUCUCUUGACAAAAAACAAACCUGUGAUCUCCCUGGCCACCAUGACUGGAGGCGAAUUUUUCAACGAGGAUGCCAUCGGGAACAUAAAACAUUUAUCAUAUUCUCCAGCAAUGCUAAGCGCCUUCAACGGUAAAAUGAGUUUGUGGGAGCGUUUGGAAAAUUGGGUUACACAUCAUUACAUAUCAUCGAAACUGCAGAAUGUUGUUGAGAACUCCGCCAAAGCCCAUUUUCGAGAUACUUAUGGUCCAGACGGAGAGGCUUUCGUCGAAGGGUGCUGGGGAAACAUUAGUCUCGCCAUGAUAACCUCAAACGCCCUGUAUUACUAUCCAAGGCCUAUCACUCCCAAUGUUAUCGAGGUUGGGCCGCUUCAUAUAAAAAAUUCGACAAAAUUACCGAAGACAUUGCAAGAUUGGCUAGACGGGGCAGAACGAGGAGUAAUUUAUUUCAGUCUCGGCAGUAAUAUGCGAAGUGCAAACCUACCGCGAGAUGCACUGUCGAACUUCUUGAGGGUUUUCAGAGAGCUGCCGGAAGGUUACCGAGUGCUGUGGAAAUGGGAGGACGAUGCCGAAAUUUCAAAAAAUGAGGAGGGGGUCGGAAAAUCAAAAGUAACUAAUAUCCUUACUCAAAAGUGGAUACCACAGCAAGAAGUUUUAGCGCAUCCGAAGGUAAAAUUGUUCAUCACACAAGGAGGAUGUCAAAGCUUCCAAGAAACAGUUCACUACGGAGUACCAUUGGUAGGCGUCCCUUGGUUUGGAGACCAAGAGGUGAACGUUGCAAAGAUGGUGGACGCAGGAAUUGGAGUUCGGCUCCGACCUCAAGAGUUGGAUUCUUUUGUGAAAGUCAAACAAGCUAUCGAAGCUGUUUUGUUCGAUAAAAGGUAUGCUGAAAAUAUGAAGAAAUUAUCUGAUCUAUCGCAUGAUUUCACAAGACGAGCUCCAGACGAAGCUGUUUUUUGGGUUGAACACGUGGCAAAACACGGUGGAGCCGCUCAUUUAAGGCCGUAUAUAGCUGAUACUUCUUAUUUUAGAUACUUUUGCCUCGACAUUAUAUCAGUUAUCCUAAGCAUUGGCGCUGUAAUAUUCUACUUCUUCUGGAAAAUACUUAAGUAUACAACUUCUAGUAUACCGAUAUUGUCAAAUGAGAAAAUUAAAAGCUCAUAAACUGAACUGAGUGGAGAUCAUUUUUUAAUAUUCGCUAACGAUCUCAUGAUGUUCUUACAAAAAUAGGAAUAUUA